CCCUUCGCGGUCUUAGCAGGCUUUUCUCCAUCAGUCGUGCUCGAGUUUGAAGUCCGCCUUCAGAAAGUAAAAUUUUUUUGUGAAUUAAGCUGUCUAUUUCGAGCUAAGAAAAUAUGGUUGAGCUAGCCCCUCCAGUUUCUGUGUCACCUUUCAUCAGGGCCUGCCGGUGGGGUUUUCUCACCGCUGGAAUUCUUUACGGAGCCUUUAACUACAGGCGGCUGUCUCGCAAGGAAACAAAGAUUCGCGAGUAUGAAGCCCAGCAGAUGGAGAUGCUCAAGGGCAAGAGGGAAGCAGAGAAACAGAAAAAAAUGAGGGACGAAAUGAUCACUCUGGCGAAAGACGUUGGUGUUCCAGUUCCUCCCAACUUCUGAGAAGCGUGUGGCCUAUAUUCUCGGGUUACGAUAGUUGUGUCAUACUGAAGCAUUAAAAGCUGUUUUAUUUAGA